AUUCUAAUUCUUCCAGAUAAUGUUAUUUCUUUUCAAAAAUAAUCAUUAUCAGUUAGAGUAACCAUCGUAUCAAUGUGACCAUCGCUUUAUUGAAGCACCCAUUCCAGGCCAAAGCAACUAAAAGCGGUACCAAUCGUUUGCUAUCCCUACUUAUCAUUUCUUAUACUCUUCUACCACUCACUGUACUCCUUAGUAUCCUUUAGUAUCCCAGACUAUCAAAUCCUACCCUGUGUUCACUGCGAUUUAUCCUAAAUAUCCCUAGUACACCCUCCAACCUUCCCAGGAUACACUCGUGGCGCAAGCCUAGCAACAAACAAAUGUUUUCAAAGUUUCUUUCAGAAAAUGGCUCAUGAAAUGGAUGAAUUUCAGUCUUCAGAAGAGACCACGUUUGUGGUCGACGAAGUCAGUAAUAUCAUCAAAGAGUCUGUUGAAGGGGCAAUCGGUGGCAAUGCAUACCAACAUAAUAAAGUUAACCAAUGGACUUCAAAUGUGGUUGAACAGUGCCUGAACCAACUGACAAAAUUGGGAAAACCUUUCAAGUAUAUUGUUACAUGUGUCAUCAUGCAGAAGAAUGGUGCUGGUUUGCACACUGCAAGUUCCUGCUAUUGGGAUAACGCAACUGAUGGCAGUUGCACUGUGAGAUGGGAGAACAAGACUAUGUACUGUAUCGUGAGUGUGUUUGGUCUCUCCAUUUAAUCAAAUCUAUAUGAACACUGUGGAGUUAUUUAAUUUUUAUCUGUAUGGUAUUUUAUUUUUAUUAUAAGUUACCAAAGGGAGACCUGAUGAUACCUAGGUGUAUUGGAAUGUAUAUAUGGUAGUAUGUUAUAUCAUUAAAUUUAUUUCUACAUA